AGUUAAGUCACAAGGUGGUUUCGCACCUUUUCCAGAGAAGUGCCACCAUCAGUAGACUCCCAGUCCAAUUUACUGGGAGGGGUCGGGGUCGGGUAAGCCUAUGCGAGCGGAGCCAAAUCUCCCUCAACUCUCCGGCCCGGCCAUCGCUUGCGCAUAAGUCAGGCUGGCCGAGCAUCGGGCAGCAUGGACACCUUUUAAAUGAGGAGCUCCAAUUUAUUCAUGGCAAGGCUUCUUACUAUGUUCCUAUCGCCGACUACCAUCUUCAAUCUCUGCCAUGUCUCAACCCCACGGCCCAGAGAUCACCAAAAGCGACGCAGGUUUUACGCACCCCCUGCUCUAUGAAGCAACCUCGCCAGAUACUUUGGUCGACUUUGAUGGUCAGGAUGACCCAUACCGUCCCAUCAACUGGCCCUUUCGAAAGAAGGCCAAAACUACGAUUCUAUACGGAAUGACAACAUGUUGGAUCACCUUUGCGUCGGCCGUCUAUUCAGCGGGGAUGCAGCAGAUUGCACAAGAAUUCCACGUCGCUACAGAAGUAUCCACUGCAGGAAUCAGCUUGCUCGUGUUUGGCCUUGGGCUGGGCCCAUUGAUCUGGGCACCAUUGAGCGAGGUCUAUGGGCGGAAAAUGGUCGCCAUCGUGCCUUAUUUUAUAGCCGCAAUCUUUUCGUUUGGGACAGCAACGGCCAAGGACAUCCAGACCCUGUUGAUAACCCGGUUCUUCUCUGGAUUUUUCGGUAGCUCUAGUGUGGCGAUAACGGGCGGUGCUAUGGCGGACAUUUGGAAGCCAGAGCACCGCGGUGUAGCUAUCGUCGUCUAUUCGCUCACUCUCGUCGGCGGGCCAUGUCUAGGGCCCAUCAUUGGUGGCGCGAUGGCAUCCAGCUAUCUUCGUUGGCGCUGGACGGAAUACCUGACGGGCAUCAUGAUGAUGACUCAGUUUGUGCUGGACUUAUUCCUGCUGGAGGAGAGCUAUGCGCCCGCCUUGUUGGUUCACAAGGCACGCCAACUGCGACUGGAAGGCAAGAACUGGGCUUUGCAUGCGAAGCACGAGGAAUGGGACGUGUCCAUCUCCGAGAUGUCGCAGAAAUAUCUCAUUCGCCCUUUCCAGACAUUGGGCACCCCCAUUGGCCUGCUCAUGUCGUCCUACGGGGCGUUCGUUUACGCGAUUCUUUAUGUGAACCUUGAAAGCUUCGCGAUUGAAUUUCAAGAGAUCCGCGGCUGGGGACCGGUUACCGGGAACCUCCCUUUCAUUGCGCUCCUCAUCGGAAUCUUCUUCGCCGCCUUGUUCAACGUCUACAACAACAAAUUCUACUUCAAAAAGCUCCGUGAGAACGAUGGCAAGCCCGUACCCGAAGCCAGACUGCCUCCGAUGAUGGUUGGCGGGUUAGUAUUCACUGGAGGCUUAUUUCUCUUCGGAUGGACCUCAUCGCCCAAAACCAACUACUGGCCAUCCCUAAUUGGCAUCGCAUUCACUGGGUUCGGGUUCACCACCAUCUUCCAAAGCUCGCUGAACUACCUGGUCGACACUUUCCUCCGCUUCAGCGCCAGCGCUAUCGCAGCCACCACUCUACUGCGAUCCAUCCUGGCAGGCGCCUUCCCGCUUUUUGUGGAGCCGAUGUUCCGCAACAUUGGGGUAGACUGGGGCAUCACGGUGUUUGGCUGCAUUGCCGCGGUCUUGAUUCCAGUUCCGUUUCUCUUCUACGCGUGGGGACGGAGGAUCCGCGCAAAGAGUCGAUGGAGCAGCCAUGCUGUAUGAUGUAGAUCCUUGAGCCAUGCCCAUCUGGCAGCAGAAACAUGGCUUGGGAGCAUCUGCGGCUAGUCACAGUUAUGCCUCCAUACUCUUGCAAGUUGCGACUUCAUAAAUCCUAGACAUACUAAUCCGCUUCGGUUCAUCUUUAUUCAUGUUCCCUGCUCUGUAGAUGACUAAUAAGUCACGGUCAUUAAUAAUUGUUGGGGCCAACCACCAGGUACUUAUUUAGCCACAAACCCAUGAGUUUAUAACCAUAUCUAUAACUCACUAAGUAUAGAUGUCAUUCAAUC